UCUCACCAUCCGCUGCCCAAACGAAACCGCAAAUGAUCAUUUCUGGACUUGCGAUUCCCUUCUGACGGAAUACGCCAGCCUGAGCAUGUUGCCGAAGAGCAUUGUCUUAGCCCAUGUGGUAGCAGGGCUGGAGACAACAUUAUCCAAACGAACGAGGAGGCAUGAUAGAUAUGAACGAAUGUAAUCUGGCUGAUUAGUCAAGGGCAGCCAUUAACGAUACUCCCUCCACCAUCAGAACACGAUACAGAACAGGUCCAAUGAACUGGAACUAAUGUUGGCGAUGGAUGCUUCUCCUUUGUCUGAAGAGAAAUUUCCGUUCGCCGCAUCGGGCUGUCGGAGUUGACAUAGCUAACUAUUCUCAAAGCGGUUAGAUCCGUAAUGCACCACCAUCAUCAACAGGCCAGAUCCCGCAGAGAAGCGCCGCCAAUUAGGAGUAUAGUAAAUGCAAGUGGCUUGAUUUCUAUGCUGAAAUACUCUUGCCUUCAUUUCUCCAACUAUAUCUGUGCUUCGAACGGAGUUUGGGAGUGUUUCAAUUACUUCUCAACACCGAAACGAUACUCUUCACCAUGGCUUCCCAGCUUCUCCCUCUGGAGUUGAUUGAUAAAUGUGUUGGUUCGAAAAUCUGGGUUGUCAUGAAAGGCGAUAAAGAGUUUGCCGGCACCCUACUCGGUUUCGAUGACUAUGUCAAUAUGGUUCUUGAAGAUGUCACUGAAUUUGACUACACAGGGGCUCAGACCAAACUACCAAAGAUACUCUUGAACGGGAAUAAUAUCUGCAUGUUGAUCCCUGGUGGGGAAGGCCCCGUUGCUGCCGGCUCAUAGCGGAAAUCGCCGAUUUUAAGCCUGGAAGGUUCCGCGAUUGCGUGCUAUUCUCAUGGCUAUUAAACCGCGUGUAGCACGCGCAAAUGUAUGCAUCACACUGAACCACGAAACUCGGUAUCCAACUGAAUCCUCGUGUUGUUGCCGUAUGCCCCUCUUCUAAUCCCUGAUCGAGACGAUAUUGAAUCCACGGGGCGGGUACAUGAGGAUUUUACUUGCUGUUUCUUCUUUUUCUCUUCUAACCAUCUUACCUACUUGAGUCUGCUGGCGUUUUAAGGGAUGAAGGAUAAAAAGGCUAUGUUAAAUGAUAAUAGGCAUGAGGACAUCCCUAUCAUAAAUAAUUCAAACCCAACUGCUGGGGCAGGGACCAGCACCGAAUUGGUACUGACCCUUAGUUCCUCUCUAAGUUAAUAUUUUCUUUUCCUACUCCAUUUCUGUUGUUGCUAUAUUCCAAAGUUUCCAGGUUCGAAGACAUUCAAAUCUCUUCCUCGAUAUAAGCCGAGAAAGAGAGAUUGGGUA